AUGGUAUCGAGGAGAGCGAAAAUACUUUAUGACGAGUCGUUGAAUCCAUUCGCUGAACCGCGCACAUCUGUCGCGUUCUCAGAGCAGCUCAGAGACAAAUUGAAACUAAUGGGAUUCGGUGGCGACACGGAAAAACCAGUUGGAAUUGAGUUUGAUGAUAUCGUCGCUGCCUCAUUUCGAAUCCGAAAAGGGGUCGGAAAGACACCUUGCGAGGUAAAUUUUAUAAGACAUUGUAACAAUGGACGUUCCUUUGCGCGCGCUAUGAAGUUUUCAUUGAGCUGAAACAGAACGAAACGAGGAUGCAGUCAAAAAAUAUACAAGUGAGCCAUGUUAGAUUCAAUUUGGGGCGAAUAUAUCUCCUGUCCGUUAACGCACAUGAAGCAGUAUCUCAAAAAUGGUAACCUCUUUUUGAGGGAAGAAUAAUGAAGAUUGUAUAGUUCCUCUUAGUUUUGUCUCUCUUCGCCAUUUAACCCAAUAUUCUGGAACGUAAUAAGCUCGUUAAAACUGCUAGAGUAAAGUUACCAUUCUAAUAUCGAUUCUUUGCUCACCCUUACCUUUAGAAAUGCAGUAUUCCAGAACUUAGUACCAUGGAAGUGUUUUUUAAAAAGGAAAACAUGCAUCCGUCAGGGAGGUAAGGAUUGUAAUUCAGAGUUUGUUUGAAAAUUUCAGUGGCAUAUCUAUUAAAGUGAAUUUUUAGCCAGCAAAUAAAGAGUGCCCUAUACAUGUGUUCGUUUAACUAUUUUCAGCUUUAAGGAAAGAGGAGCAAUCAAUUCCUUGUUACUAUUAUCUGAGGUAAGUUUUGUCAAAAUUUCAGUAAGCGUUGAUUUCUUCUUAAUACCAGUCUUUAUCUUUCGAUUAUUUGUUGUUACACCAUUAAGAGCACUUUUCAGUUUGAUCAUAUUUACACUCCAGAGCCAAGUGCGAACAACAUACAUCGAUAUCAUGCCGAAUCAGUGAAUCGAAUAAGCUUUCAUUGCCAGGGAUUUCGUGUAUUUGUCCAAAAAGUUAAUAAAAUGUCACGAAACAUUAGCUACUGCCAAUUUUGCGGUCGAAUGCUCCAUCACUGAGCUGCGUGAACUCGUCAGUGGAUCAUGUUAUAUACCGAUUUUAUAGAUGACAAACGUCUUACUUGUAAAUGCCGGUGAGAUGAAUGAUGUCCAGCACAUCCCAUGUUUAUACAGAGUUUGAAAGAUAUCAAAUUUUAAGCUCGAUCUUUUCUUGACGGAGGAACAUUUUCAGGAACACAAGACGAAGAAAACUCCUAAGACAUCGGACCUAAGAAGUUUAAUGGUCUUCAAUUAACUUCAACAAUUUUAGGAUCAAAAAGACCGAGGAGUCAUAACGGCCACUCCUGGAAAUCACGGAAUAGCACUUGCGUUUCACGGGCAAGCCUUAGGGAUUCCCGUCCACGUCGUUUUACCCGAACAGUCACCUUUGAUCAAACAAACGAUGUGCAAGAAAUUUGGCGCCAGCAUAAUCAUAAAGGGAAGCAACCAAGCGGAAGUAUGUCUUUCGUUGUCGUUUGUCUUGUUAUUUUGUCUCUUUUUUGCUUAUUAUCUCAUCAUUUGUCAUUUAGGCAAAAGAGUUUGCUACCAGCAUGGCAACGGAAAAGCGUCUAGCUUAUAUCGAAGGGUGAGUGAUACAGGUUACUGCUACCUCUUUGUUGUUGUUGCUAUUGUUACUGUUGUUAUUCUAUGGUAUCGUUGUGUUACUCAUUUAUGGGGUUUCUACCAGAUGAUGUAGUAUUUUUUAUUUAGUAUUUUUUUGAUUGAUUCUCUUUCUGGGGAAAAUUUUUGGUUUAAUACAGCAAAUGACUUCACUUUUAAUCUUUCCUUUCCUCACUUUUGAAAAGACUUUGAUUACAAAUAAAGAACUGUGCGGAAGGUGUUCAAGAACUUAAAAAAAAAAACCAACAAAGACACUUACGUAAUAACUUUUUGUUGUUGUCGCGUAACGUAUGCGACCUAGUGACAUCCAUUGCUGAAAUAGCUUCGUCCGCAAUUGGUAGUUAUCGUAAAGUGUUGUAUAAUUCAGUACCAGAGUGUUUCUUGGCUCUUGAAUUCCGUAGCCGUUCCGAAAGAUUUCGAGGUAAGUUUAGAUUUAAAUCUGAUCCGAAGAGUCUCAAUAGUAGUUUAGUGUUUAUUUUUUGGUGUUUCGUUAUAAAAAUCAAUGCCCUUUUCAAAUACCUCAGUCGCGAAUGCUUAAUUAUGGAACCCUUACGAAUUGAGGACCUUUGCUAUUGAUGAUCAAAACCAAUCAUUUGUGCGUUAACUGAGCACUUCCUGAAGAUAUCCUUUGCAGAAAACCUUUAAAAACCGUUACCUUGAUUAAUUUUUUUUCAUUACUAAAUGAACAGGCACGAUCAUCCUCACGUUAUCAGUGGGCAGGGCACCAUUGGAUUAGAAAUCAUUGAUCAAGUGUGCAAUGUGGAUGCAGUUGUCCUCCCCGUAGGGGGAGGAGGAUUGCUGGCUGGUGUUUCUCUCGCUGUCAAGACAGUGUACCCAGAUGUUCAGAUAAUAGUAAGUUUAAUAAUACCUGCCACCGUUCUUACGAGUAAGUUAACUGCUUCGAGAAAUAUAUUUUUUAGCUCUGAGUGAGAGAACAGUGGUAGUUGACUCGACAAUUUGCUUUAAGAAAGCCUUGACAUAUUUUGACAUUUUCAUCUAUUUUAGUACCGAAAAGCUAUUUGUUAGGUUGUCUGAAGAUCUUUCCCCCAUGAAUAGUCAAUUACUUUGUCUUGAUUUAUAUGAUUACAGUUAAGUUGUUGUAAAGGGAUUGUUUAACUUUUGAAAGGGUGUUGAAUCAAAGAGGUGUCCAAGUUUUCAGACCGCAAUUGAUGCUGGUCAUCCUGUCACGCUAAAUAUCGACCACCCUUCAGCUUUGACAGACGGUAAGUAAGCAGGUGCAUUUAACUCUCGACCUUUUGAAGCCAACUGUCGUCUAUGAAGAAACUUCAAGAGAAUGUUCGAAUAAAGAGAAACAAAAGUACAUUCCAGCUUCCCCUUUCGUAACUUUAUAUCCUUCUUGGCACCUUCAUGUCCUUUUUGUAGUGAUGGUAUUGUUACUGAUGACUGUUUUUUUCAUAAUUUUGAUGGUAAUGUGGUGUGGUGACAUUGUAUGUUUUUUCGUUGCCCGAAAUAACAAAGCACAAAGAGACAUGGAUACGAAUUUCGAGUAAAACGUGUAUUGUGCUCCGCUUUGCGUCAAAAAAUGGUGUCUUUUCAGCCUCAAGUCUUUUUAAUAAAUUGUUAGUUAGCCUCGAGAAUUGCGUUCCCUGUUGAAUUGUCGUUACUUGAAUUCUCACCGAGACUGUUUUCAUUCCAAUGCAUUUAGCGCUGAAUCUUCCUAAAGUGGGGAAAAACGCUUUUCAUAUCGCAACAGGACUUGUAGACAAACUUGUAGCUGUCAGGUAAAUGAAUUCCUUAAGGAUAGCUAUUUUGAGAAACUAAGCAACCAUAAAGAAUUACGAAAAGUGAUUUUUUCGGCAUCGAAUAUCCUUGUGGUCGAUUCUGAAACGUAACGCUGUGGAGAAAACCCUAACUUGCAUUACAAUUAGAUCGAAGAAGAAUAUUCCUGAGAAUGGAAAAGGGUCACGUGCUUGAAAUAUUUGUCAUGUGAUGACAGGAAACUAAGCGAGAGUUUUCUCUGUCUCUACAUAAUUUUUAUUUGAUGCUUGUAAAUGCAGUACAUACACGAGUUGAUCACAGAAAUUGCACGCCAAUUGUGUACCCGUCCGCGUUACUCUAAAGCCGAAUCAAGGGAAGUAGACUUUCGUUGGCCUCUACCUCUUGCUUUUGCCAGUAAACAAGAAAAGCAGUUUAUUUUGAAGCAUUAAUUGUGUUACUUGUUUAUCUUCACCCAAUGAUCGAUUCAUAGUUGAUUAUAAAUAAGUACAGAGAGGCGGAGACACCCAGCGUAUUCCCGCCUUUCUAGAUGAUGCAACUAUCACAUCAUUCUAGAAACUGGAAGUUCAUACCAUUCCUAAUCAUAUGACCAAUUUAUUGAAAUCCCUUAUUGUCACACAUUUCAUGCAAUAAUCUACAGAGAUAGUGCGGAUAGGUCUUAACUGUGCUUUUAAGAACGAUAUUAGAGCUUAACCCGAAAUAUAAACUACCUUUCCCUGCAGUGACGAUCAUAUUAGUUUAGCCGUACUGAAGCUCAUAGAAAAUGAACGUGCCGUCACUGAGGGAUCUGGGGCAGCCGGUGUUGCAGCCUUGCUGGGUGGGUAUCUACCAGAGCUUCAUGGCAAACGGUAAGUUUGUAGAUCUGAGUCCAUACAGUUAUAAAUCUUAUGCAUCAAGUAUUCUUGUUGAAAAUGUUUGACAAUUUAGCAGUGGGUUUUCGGCGACUUGCUGUAGUAAUUAGCACUCGUUUAGUGAUUUGAACUGCGCUUAAAUAAUCUGUCAGCUGAGCUAACCUCCAGAGGAGAGGAAAUUUACUUGAAACGUCGGGGGAAGGUAAAAUUGCAGUGUUUAAAUGAGAGAGGUGUACCAUUACAAAAGGUUUCGCACAGCGAGGGUCUGAGAAAUAGGGAAUUUGUGACAAACGCGCACCACACCCUUAAGAUAUUGAUGUGUCUUCUAAUUAAGAAAGAUUACAUUAUCUCAAAAUGCUCCUUUGUCUAUUUGCAGAGUAGUCGUGCCUCUUUGUGGUGGAAAUAUCGAUCCGUCUGUACUAAGCUCUUGUAUUGAGAAAGGACUUGCACUAGAGGGGAGACUGGUGCGAUUUACAAUUACCAUUGACGAAAAAUCUGGAGGACUGGCACAAAUAAUUACGUUACUAGCCUCCGUAAGCGCACGGUAUGGGAGGAAGGAAAUUUAAGUACAACUGUGAUGCGAAAUUAUUAGCUGCGAAGAUUUUGAGUCAAACUUGUAUUAGCAAAUUUUAUCGAGAGAGACGAGACGAGUAUUGAUCAUGUAGCAACUAACUUUAAACAAACUUCCAUUGAAUAUUCAGCAUCUGAGACAAAUUCUGGAUGUUUUUUUUGGUAGGAUACGCGAUAUGACUCAAGAACAAAUUCUGACUGACAACAAUAUGUUUACGUUGAAGGUAAAGUUUUUUUUAUGA